CCAAAAGCUUGUAAGUAGUCCGCUAACUUCAUUUGCAAAACUAUUGGGUAAAGACCGAUUCAUUCAGUCACAUGAAAACACAGCUUACCACAAAAUAUGUGUUCAGGCUGGCAUGGAUUUCCUACAAACCUACCAUAACCCGGGAAAGUCAGUUGAAAAUCAGAUAUGUAUUCAAAGGCUAAAACAGGUAAAAGAAAAUAAAGAGAGAUUACGCCCAAUAAUAGAAUCAAUACUGUUCUUAGGUCGACAAAACAUUCCUCUAAGAGGCCAUCGAGAUGAAGGCUGCCUGGGCCCAGUAAUGAGGGCAAUUUUAGAGAGUUAUUGAGAUUUAGAAUUUCUUCAGGAGAUACAAAUCUAAAACAACACUUAGCUACAGCCUCUUCAAGGGCAACGUAUGUAGGAAAAAACACCCAAAAUAUAUUGAUAAAAUGUUGUGGUGACGAAAUAUUAGAAACCAUACUAAAUCAAGUUCGGGAGGCAAAAUAUUAUUCAGUGUUAUUUGACGAAACUACAGACGUUUCCCACACGGAACAACUUUCUUUAAAUUUGAGAUAUGUAUACAAAAACAACAUUCAUGAAAACUUUGUCAAAUUUAUUGACGCAUAUGAAAAAAUUAAAACCGUCAGUCCAGAUAAUGAUACGCUUGGUGAACAGCGACUAACUGGAAAGGCUCUAGUAAAAAUUGUUGUUAAUAUAUUGCAGGAACUGUCUCUAGAGUUAAGCAACUGUGUGGGAAUUGGUACUGACAGUUGCAGUGUAAUGUCGUCUGAAGCAGUGGGAGCAGUGUGUGAAAUACAGAAAAAAGCGAAAAAUGCAUGCAGGUGCCCUUGCAUAAAUCAUGCCCUAAACAACUCUCUUUCGACUUCAGUAAACGUUGUUUGCAUCAGAAAUGCAGUUGAAGUAAUGAAGUCAGAAGUUCUUUAAUAUGCCGGCUAAGAGAAACCAAGUCUUGAAAUCAACAUUAGGACAUCAAUUAACGAGUCUGUGCAAAACAAGGUGGGUUGAGCGUCACGAAGGAGUAAUUCAAUUUCGAUCUGAGUUUUCUCAAAUAGUUAAAGCACUUACGUUAAUUUCGGUAUGGAAAGAUGCAAAGACUUCUACAAUUGCAACAACUCUGCUAAACUCUUUGUGCACGACUGAGUUUUUGUUGUCAAUGUUAUCUCUCAUUGAUAUUUUAAAAAUAACAUUAUCACUCAGCCGACUUCUUCAAAUGUCAAAUCUUGACGCUAACGGGGCUUCUACAGCUGUGUCCAACACCAUGUCAACAAUCAAUGAAAAAAGAAAAAAUUGUGAGCAGAAUUUUGACAAAAUUUAUAAGGAGGCUACAGAAGUAGCAACAGGAUUAGAUAUUGAAAUAAAGCUGCCUAGAUUAGCAGGUAGGCAGACCAAACGAGAAAACUACCCUGAAGGUAAAGAUGAAUAUUACAGAAGAUCAAUUUAUAUUCCUCUCUUCGACAAUGUAUCCAACGACUUGUCUUCUAGGUUACGUUUUAGUUCCUUAGAUUGUUUUGGUCUGCGAGGAAUCAUUCCUAGUAUACUAGCCAAGGCAAACAGAGAUAAUGAAACUAUUUUUAUUAAAAAUUUGGAAACUGCCUAUGAAAAUUUUUCCAAUAUCAUUGGUAGCAGAGACAUCCAGACAAACAGUAUUCUGUUUGAAGGAGAACUGACCCUUUGGAAAAAUCAUUGGAAGUCGGAAAAAGAGAAAAACAAGAAACUUUCUGGAGAUAUUAUAGAAGUAUUAGAUUCCUUCGAUUUAAAUAUAUCUCCAACAAUCCGCAAUCUUCUCAGAAUCUUGGCCACACUUCCAGUGAGUGUGGCUACGGCAAAAAGGAGUUUUUCAACAUUACGAAGAGUAAAGACUUGGUUAAGGGCGAGGAUGGGAGAAGAACGGCUCACAGGUCUCUGUCUGCUUCACGUUCACAGAGACGUUACAGUUGACAUUGAAAAAGUCAUCGAAAGAUUUGCUAAAAAUGGGAAUAGACCACUUGAGUUCAUUUUGUAAAGAAUCUAAUUAUUAUUAUUAUUAUUAUUAUUUUUAGUUUUGUUAAUAAAGGUUUCGU